GUUCGUCUGUACGUGGUGGCGUGCGGUCGUGUCUUGUAUCGCGUCUAGUCCGGAAGAUUCUCCCUUUACGUUACUUUUCACGCACUUGUUGAGAGGUAACAUUUUCUCGUACUUUUGAUCUAUCAUAUUUUCACCAAGUGCGAACAGGAGGUAGUUUGGGUUUUCUCCAGAAGUUUUCGAAUGUCAUUGCAUGAAAGUUCAACAGUCUCUGCUCAUUAUUGGUUUUGCGUGUUGUGCAGAAAGCAAGCCGUGAAAUUCCUCCGGUAUUGCGUAGGUGGAGAAGGAUAUAUGUAGCUUGAUUUAUUCGACAACACAACUUUUCUUUGGAUGAGCGAACAGCAAGGAUUAAAAAGCGAACUACCAGCUGAAGAGUUUCUUACGGUGCGCGGAGGAAAUUUUUCGACACUUGAUUGCUAUACGUCCGUGGAAGCUCUGUUUCGCGUUGUGGGUGGUGAAGUGGCGCUUUCGGAGCCAACAAGCGCAAAUAAAGAGAAGAUGUUAGUACGGCAGAAAAAUUAAAACGUACGGUGUGUGAAAACGGUGAAAACCUUCCCUCCCCCACGGUAACCAACCAAACUGUGUCGUUUGUAGAGCGUGUGCAUGAGUUGAACUGCGGUGUUGUUUGCUCUUGGUGAAAAUAUAAACAAAUGUUAUUUUGAAUAUUUCACGCUGCCACUCAACGGAGCUUAUUUGGUUUUAACUUUCGGUGUACUUAAACUGGCGGCCGCCGCUGGGAGUUCGGAAGAUUUACACCCGCUCCGCAUCGCCUUCCGGUCUGUGUCAACUAAAUUUAAUGAAAUUGGCGCACAGCUGCGGUUCUACAUACAACUGAAGCAAUUUCAUGAUUCAUGCUAACAAAAUUCCCGCUAGCUAAACCGAAGACAGAAAAACGGCAUACAUAUGAGAAUACAAGAACAUGAGUUUGCAGUUCUAGUCUAGAUUCAACAUUAGAACUGGUCUCAACCAACGGCCAGACUAACGGACCGCAAAAUUCUAAAUGUGCUGUUUGCGUUUUUAGUGGAGGUUUUAUUUUGGUUCAGCGCUAUCCGAAAGAAGUGUGAAAUACAACGGAAACCAUUUUGGCUAAAAUUAUUGGCAAUCCCAUUGUGAAUAUAUCUUGUAUCAAAUAUUUUUCCAGUGUUCGUGUUUGUUUGGUUUUGUAUUUUUUCUUUUGUAAAAUAAUUGUGCUCGACAGUGUUGUGAAACGUGCAAUCAGAAAAAUGAAAUCCUUCCAAAUGAAUUUGGAUUGCUGGGGACUGGUGACGGCUCUACUGCUGAUGUGCGUGUCUAGUGCCCAUGGAGGAUCUUGUCGGGAGGCGUCGCUCUGCUGUAACGGCCGUGAUUCGUCCUGCGUAGUGCAGAAAGCUCCUUUGAAUGCGAUUAUCGAGGAUUUAAACGAUAAGCCGUGUUACUGCGAUCAUGCUUGCCUGCGGCUCGGGGAUUGUUGCGACGAUUUCAAGGCACAUUGUGGUGUGAUCGAUUGCGUCGUCAGCGAAUGGGGACCGUGGAGUGAAUGCGACACCGCUUGUGGUACCGGCAUGAUGUCACGAACCAGGAUAAUUGAACAUAAACCGCAAAACGGUGGCAAGCACUGUCCAUCGUUGUUGCAGAAACGGGGCUGCCAAGGGUUGAAGUGCCACAAUCACCACGACCGGAAAGUGCUAAGAGAAACUGCACUGCUGCUGCCGGCCAUUUUAUCGAAAAGUAGACAUGAGAACGAUACCAGCGAUAUCCGACGGAACUUGCGGUUGCGUUAUAAGAAUGCUUUCAAGCACAACCGAGGCAAUGAGUACUGCAUAGAGUUUGAGGUAAUUAAGGCAACGAAGGCAUGCCACAAGGACAAAACUUACAGUGCACUGGCUGAGGGAGAUCGAGUAAUCGUCCGUUGUGACCUGGAAGCCCUGCAUGAGGACAAAUCGGUGACAUCGGAGCCGGAGAUUUCAAACAACUCGAUCCAGGAAGAAGACGACAACGAUAGCGGCAGCCGGCAAACCACAGACAAGAAACCGAAAUUUCGUUGCCGUGGUGAGGGUAUAACCGGUCGGAGCACACGGUUCACCAGUCUGGCGUUGCCAUCAUGUCGGGGCAAAUGGAUGCGCGUGACAACUAAGCAACUGAAAAAAUGCUCUACUGCCGAAGCAGAGUUUAUUUUCGUCUAGAAUGAGCAUCCUGAAUGUUCCAGUUCCCUCCCUCCCAUCCUUUGAAGAUACCUAUAGUGGUUUAUAUGUAACUAGCAGCGGUAUUAUGAACGAAAAGACAUCGUUUCAUUUAUUCGCGGACGGUAAAUCUACGUGAAAAUGACAUCAAAUAUUUCCAUCAUUGACAAUAUCAAUAAGUGGAGUCACCGUGCUAGUGUAACGAAAAUACUCUGAAAAAAACUGUCGUGUAGAUGAGAGCGGUAAAAUAAUUCUCAUUUUUAUGAAACUGACAAUUAGAGUUGACUGUUGAAAAUUUUCACCUUUUCAUGGUAGAGAUAAACCGUACAAAAGCUAACAAGAUUUUGUACAUUGAAGUAGCAAAACAGUGGAAUUACGAUCGAAGUAAAAAUAAGGAAAAAACUCAACUCCAUUAGAACAGCUGAGAUUAUUUCAAUCACUAAGCUUCACUCUAACUGCAAAUAUUAUCCGUAAGGUGGAAAUAUACAGUACUGUCAAUCUUGACUUAAGUUAAAUUAAUUUCUUUCAUUUCGAUAUAACGUCUAAUUACUUCAAAAAUAUCUGAAAACAUCAGUUAAGUAAAGUGCCAUAUCAAAACUACUGUCUUUAAGCAUUUAAUAGAAACGAUUAAGAAACAACCAACCGUUGAUGCACGUAUGUAAAAACUUCUAGCAACUUAUAAUAUCAGUACGUAUGUCUUAUAAUCUAAUUUUCUUUCUUCUCGGUUAAAUAUGUAAAAUAAUGUUAAAAAUAAAUCAUGGAAAUCAGA